AUGAGAACAAUUUUUGUGUUUCUGCUGCUUUGCGUGCUGUUUUGCUACUGUGAGGUGAACAACUCCAAAAAGAGGCACCCAUGGGAGAGAUGUCUUGCACCCACACAUAAGGAUGGACCACAAUGCUUGGCCUACAUUAUAAGGUACACCUACAACAAACAUACCAGAAAGUGUGAGCCGUUUGUUUAUGGAGGUUGCAAUCCGUCCAGAAACAACUUCAAGACGAUGAAAAGAUGCCAAGAAAUAUGCGAAGGAAUCAAAUAUCCAAAAGCAUAA